AUGGGUGAUUACCAAUAUUUAAAUAGCAAAAACAGACCCGUGGAGAAGAUAAGCAUGGUGAGGCACUGUCUUUUUGCAAGGAAGUUUACAGAGACUCAUCUGAAAACCAUUCCCAGUCGUGCGUUUUCAAAUCUGCCGAAUAUUUCCAGGAUCUAUUUAUCAAUAGACACAAGUCUGCAGCGGCUGGAAUCACAUUCCUUCUACAAUUUGAGUAAAAUGACUCACAUAGAGAUUCGGAAUACCAGAAGCUUAACUUACAUAGAGCCUGGGGCCCUAAAAGAGCUUCCCCUUCUGAAGUUCCUUGGCAUUUUCAACACUGGACUUAGAGUGUUCCCUGACCUGACCAAAGUUUACUCCACUGAUGUAUUCUUUAUACUUGAAAUUACAGACAACCCUUACAUGACUUCAAUCCCUGCGAACGCUUUUCAGGGACUGUGCAAUGAAACAUUGACAGUGAAACUAUACAACAAUGGCUUUACUUCAAUCCAAGGACAUGCUUUCAAUGGGACAAAGCUGGAUGCUGUUUACCUGAACAAGAAUAAAUACCUGACAGUUAUUGACAAAGAUGCAUUUGGAGGAGUAUACAGUGGACCAACUUUGCUGCUACUGCUUAGAAAACAGUCCUUGUUCGUUGAGACUCAGAAGGCCCCAUGCUCCACUGCACCAUCCUGAUGCUUGAGCAGGCAGUCAUCUUGGUGUGGACGUUCUUGGAAGCCCUCUUUUGGAAAAAAGACAGAAAUUUUUGAGCAGCUGCUGUUGGCAAAAUUCUGAGACACAAGGUCUACAAAUAAGUGGAAAGAACCCUAGUCUUUGCAGAGAAAAUGGUAUAUGAAUAUGUAUUGCCUUGCACAAAGAAGGAAGACUGUAAAUGGUAAUUCGAUUCAUACCUGGAAGAACUUAUCAUCAUUGGGGAAGAUGGGAUGUAAACAUUUUCAAAAACAGCAUGGAAAAAAGUACCUAUUUGUGCAUUUCCUCUGAUUUACACCUCCACGUGCAGUCAGUGAUCAAGUUCUGUCAGUGCUGUCUCCCUCAAGGCUUGUUAUCAGCACUGUCUUCUCCAUCCCCUUGGUUUGGCCUAGUUUAGAAUCUCAUCUUUGAGCAUCUGUUCAAGUCCUUGCCAAAGUGGAACACAACACCCCAGGAGAAGCGCAAGACAAUUAGGAAAGGCAAAAAGAAAUUAGAGGUCUAUUUAUACUUAUGUUUUUAAAAAGUAGAAUAAAUUAAGUUUU